GUUAGAGAGUAAAAGCGAUCAUGGGUUCUUCUUCUAGAAAUUUGUAUGCAGGAAUAGGUGAAGGGCAAUCAACCACACGGCCACCUCUUUUUGAUGGAACCAAUUAUACAUAUUGGAAAGAACGAAUGAGAAUCUAUAUUCGCUCCACAAACUUCCAAUUAAGGUUGGUUAUCAAAAACGGGGAAGAGGUGCCGAUGAAGAAAGUUGGUGACAAGUUGAUCCCCAAGACCGAAGACGAGUUUGAUGCCGAGGACAUCAAAAAGGUCGAGAAUUAUGCAAAGGCUAUCAACAUGCUGUACUGUGCCGUCAAUCCUGAUGAUUAUCGCAAGAUUUCUUGCUGCACCACUGCAAAAGAAAUGUGGGACAAACUGGAGGUCACAUAUGAAGGUACGGACCAAGUUCGGGAAGCCAAAAUUGACUUCUUAACGCAGGAGUACGAGAUGUUCAGGAUGAAGGAAGGCGAAAAGAUCGAUGACAUGUUCGAUCGGUUCUCAAAAAUCAUCAACGACCUUCAUGCACUCAAGAAGACUUACACCAACAAGGAUCUUGUGAGAAAAAUCCUGCGAAGUCUCACACCUGAAUGGAGAUCAAAGGCAGACGCAAUCUAUGAAUCCAUCGGAGUCUCAAAUGUCACCAUCGACGGGCUUAGAGGUAAUCUCAAAACCUAUGAAUCUACUAUUCUAACACCGUCUUUGGAUGAACAAAAGAAGAAGGGUAUAGCGCUGAAAGCAACCAAGGAGUCCGUGGAAGAUGACUCAAGCGAUGAUGACAACGAGU